AUGGCCCCGUAUUCUGUGUUGGUGACCGGAGCAAAUCGUGGCAUUGGCCUCGGACUUGUGAAGGAAUUCCUCAAGAACAAAGAAAUUCAACAUGUCAUCGCCACCGCACGGGAACCCGAUAGUGCAAAGGCAGUUCAUCGACAUAAUUAUUUAGAGUUGAAGAGAAUCGGUGACAAGCGUCUCAGUGUUAUAAAGCUGGAUGUGACAAGUGACGAAUCUAUCAAGGACGCUUCUAUUGCGGUCAAGAAUCUUGUUGGUGACCGUGGUCUUACAGUCUUAGUGAAUAAUGCUGGCAUAUUUGUGAAGUAUUUCACGAAUCAGGAGCCGAAUCGUGCUGACAUCAUUAAGAAUUUUGAUACGAACGCCGCAGGUGUUGCUGUGCUCACUCAGAUGUUUCUACCGCUUUUGCGAAAAUCAGCCUCCUAUAUAGCUACGGACGAGUUUUUUUCCAUAGAUCGAGCGGCCAUCAUUAACAUUUCCUCUGGUGCCGGCUCAAUUGACACCAAUACUACUGGUUCGAGCUCUUCUGGGAUGUUGGCAUACAGAAUGAGCAAGGCAGCAUUGAACUCGCUAAUGAAAACAAUGGCAAUCGAUCUGGAACCAGAGCAUAUCCUAAUCUCCUCUUUUUGCCCAGGAUGGGUGCAAACUGACAUGGGUGGCUCGAAUGCGGACAUAACGGUCAGCAAGCAUUUCAAUUACACCUUUCAGAGGUUAAUGCCCGGUUUCAACCUGCAUUUUUAA